ACACACAUGCACAGGUAAAUUAAUUUAUCAAAGUAUGAUUCCAAGUUUGGGACUUUUGGUAGAGAUAAAACGAACAAAAUACAUGUAAGCUUGGUUUUUUCUAGAUUUUUGAUGUUAACAUCCGUGAUGCAUAAUGAGUUCAGUGCAAAUGUUGCAAUAGUUUAUUUUAGAAAAUAUGCUGAAACUCAACUUUGCGUUGUUAUAAUAUCAACUAUCGUGUUGUUAUGAUUGAUAAACAUAAAUAUGAAGACUAUUUCUCAAUCCCACUCCGCUAUCUGGCGAGAUCCGCUCAGUAUUUUGUCUGUCUCUCUGUGCCUCAGUAAAAUGGCUGUAUCUCGCGGAGCCUCGUGCUGGUUUGAUCAGUUUCUCGCUCUCAGUCUCGUUCUGUAACAGAACCCCCUCCAAAUUCUGUGUCGGUAAAAUUCAUUCCCGGUACGUGAAUUUUUAUUUGUCCAGUAACUUUUAAUUCGAAGCGGAGUCGGGAGUGGAGCCCGGAUUCGGUCCGGGGUUGGGGGGGAAUGAGCCGGGACACGGGUAAAUUGUUAUGAAUAAUUGCAUUUAUAUUCAAUGCGAUUGAGCGUUUGAUUGUGACCGACUCGCAGCGAAAGAGGGAGAGCGAGGGGGUAUCAUGGCCGCUCAGGUCGCCAGCGCCGCCACUCUCAAUACGAGUCCGCCUGCCGAGCUAAAAAAACCGGAUCGGGACCCACAGGAAGAAACGGUACCGGGAGAGAAUCAGCAGGAAAAUAAGGAAGCGGGAUCCGAGAGCGGAUCUCCGGGACGGAAGGAGUUGCAGGACGGGGCCGAUGUUGGAAAUGUAGGGGGAGGAGGCGAUGUUGAGAUGAAGAACGGGAACGGGAAUCCGUCCAGAGUGAAUAAUAAUAACAGCCAGAAUGAUUCCGGGGCGCCGGAAGGGAAUAGCCACCCCGGGAUGGCACACCACCACUCGGCCGCCUACCCUCCACCUUCUUACGGUUACAAUCAGCACUACGGCCGGGGCCCUUUUCAUCAACAUGGCGGACAACAAAGCGCUGGCAUGGCAGCUCCGGCGGGCCCGCUCGUGCAGCCGGGCGGGAUGAUGGACUCGUAUCAGCCCAACUCGCACGAACACGGGUACCCCAACCACCAGUUUAACAGCUACAGCCCUUUCCCGAAUCGGACUCCCUAUCCGGGACAAGGGUACACAAUGAACUCCCCGCGAAACAGCCAGCCUCCGGCGGCCGGGGGCCAGUCAGCCAAACAGCAGCCCGCGGGAGGAGCGACAGCUAUGGCUGCAUCGUACAAUAAUCAGAGGUAUAAUAUGGGGAACCCUCAGCCCACGUCCACCCCGACCCUAAAUCAGCUACUAACCUCUCCGAGCUCCGCCAGGGGAUACCAGAAUUACCCACCGAGCGACUACAGCAACCAGGAAGGGGCUAGCAAGGGACCAGCCGACAUUGGCAGUGGCAGCCAGUACGGUGGGGGCCACCAGGUUUGGCAACAAAGGAGCCAUCACCCGUCGCCAAUGAGCCCCGGGAGCUCGGGGCAGCCGCUGAGCAGGACCCAGCCUGCCGGUUCGAUGGAGCAGAUGGGGAAGAUGCGGAGUCAGGGGUACGGGGCGGGGAACCCCUACUCCCAGCAGCAGCCGGGGGCGCCCCCUGGCGCCCAGCAGGGGUCCACGUACCCGGGCCAGGGCUACGGGCCCCCCGGGCCCCAGCGGUACCCCAUGGCCAUGCAGGGGCGCACCCAGGGCAUGGGCCUACAGUACGGCCAGCAGAUGGCGGGUUACGGACAGCAGAGCCAGGGGCCCUACUACAGCCAGCAGGCCCAGCCCCCCCACGGGAGCCAGCAGGCCUCUCCGUACCCCCAGGCCCCCCCAGCAGGGCAGGGCCCCCAAGCCCCCUACUCCCAGCACCACGGGUCCCAGGCAGCGUACCCCCAGACCCAGGGGCCCCCAUCCUACGGCCAGCAGCUGCCUCAGUCCGCCCAGCCCCCCUAUGGCCAGCAGGGCCCCCCCUCACAGCAGGGCUCUCAGUCCCAACCCACCUACCCCCCGGCCACUGGCCCCACUCCCCCCCUGCAGCAGCCAGCCCCCCAACCACAGCAGCAGCAGCAGCCCACUCAAACCCCCACCCCCCAGUCCCAGCAGCCCUCGGGACAUGGCCCAUCCCCCCAGGGCCACACCCCUUACGGCCAGACCCCCCCACCACAACAGCAACAGCAACAACAACAACAACAACAACAACAACAGCAACAACAACAACAACAACAGCAGCAGCAACAGCAACAACAACAACAACAGCAGCAACAGUCUCCAUAUCAGAGAUUCCCUCCUCCUCCACAGGAGCUAUCCCAGGAUUCCUUCAGCUCCCAGUCAAGCGCUCCUCCCUCCAACCAGCCCAUGGCUUCCAACAAGAGCAGCACUGAUGAUGUCACAAUGCAGGGCCGCCCGUCCAGCCUCCCAGAUCUGUCGGGCUCCAUCGAUGACCUGCCCACGGGUACGGAGGGGGCUCUGAGCCCGGGCGUGAGCACCUCGGGCGUGUCCAGCAGCCAGGGCGAGCAGAGCAACUCCGCCCAAUCGCCCUUCUCCCCCCACACCUCGCCCCACCUGCCCGGCCUGCGCGGCCCCUCCCCCUCCCCUGUGGGGUCCCCCGCUAGCGUAACACCCUCCCGCUCCGGGCCCCUGUCCCCCACCGCCGUGCCAGGGAGCCAGAUGCCCCCCAGACCCCCCAGUGUGCAGUCAGACAGCAUCCUACAGCCAGCCAUGGCCCAGGAGAGAGGGUUCAUGCAGAGGAACCCCCAGAUCCCUCCGUACGGGUCGCCCCAGCCCGGACCCGCCUUAUCUCCACGCCAGUCCUCAGGAGCCCAGAUGCAUGCUGGGAUGGGGCCUUAUCAGCAGAACAACUCCAUGGGCAACUACGGGCCCCAGGGUGGACAGUAUGGGCCCCAAGGUUACCCCCGGCAGCCCGGCUACAGUGGGAUGCCCAACGCCCAGUACCCGGGCCCUGCCAUGGGCGGGUCUAUGAACCCCAUACCCGGCCAGGGAGGGGGGGCACCCUACGCUGGCAUGCCCCCUGGCAGGAUGGGGCCUGGCCAAAUGGGCACUCGCCCCUACGGGCCCAACAUGGCCCCCAACAUGGCCCCCAACAUGGCGCCCAACAUGGCACCCAACAUAGCGGCCAACAUGGCCCCCAACAUAGCGGCCAACAUAGCGGCCAACAUGGGCCCCAACAUGGGCCCCAAUAUGGGCCCGAAUAUGGGCCCUGGCAUGGGCAGCAUGCCCCCUCAGGUGGGCUCGGGGAUGUGCCCCCCCCCAGGGAGUCUCAACAGGAAGGCCCAGGAGGCUGCUGCAGCCGCAAUGCAGCACGCCGCCACCAACUCCAUACACAACAGGCCUCCUGGGUACCCCGGCAUGUCGCCGGGCAUGAUGAGUAGUGGCUCCCCUUACACACCCAGCCUGAACAGCAUGCCUGGCAUGAUGACCCCCCAGGGGUCCCCGUACCCCAUGGGCGCAAACAUGACCAACAACUCCGCAGGUAUGGCCCCCAGCCCCGAGUUUGGCCUGGACGUGAAGCUGAAUCAGAAGAUGAACAGCAGAACGGACGGGACCCCCAAACCUGAAAGCAAAUCCAAGAAGUCCAGCUCCUCCACAACGACCAAUGAGAAGAUCACCAAGCUGUAUGAGCUGGGCGGGGAGCCAGACAGGAAGCUGUGGGUGGAUCGGUACCUGGCCUUCCUGGAGGAGAAGAGCAUGGCCAUGAACAACCUGCCGGCCGUGGGCCGCAAACCGCUCGACCUCUUCCGCCUGUACGUCUCCGUCAAGGAGAUCGGGGGCCUCACACAGGUGAAUAAGAAUAAGAAGUGGCGAGAGCUGGCCACCAGCCUGAGCGUGGGCACGUCCAGCAGCGCCGCCAGCUCCCUCAAGAAGCAGUACAUCCAGUGUCUGUACGCCUUCGAGUGCAAGAUCGAGCGCGGGGAGGACCCACCCCCCGAAAUCUUCACAGACAACAAGAAGAACCAGCCCAAGAUCCAGCCUCCGUCCCCAGCUGGCUCUGGGUCACUGCAGGGACCCCAGACCCCCCAGUCCACCAGCAGCUCGAUGGCCGAGGGGGGAGACCUGAAGCCCCCCACCCCUGCGUCCACCCCUCACAGCCAAAUGCCCCCUAUGCCUGGGGUCAGGAGCAGUGCAGUCAGUCUGCAGGACCCCUUCUCCGACAGCAGCGACCCCGCCUUCCCCCGCCGAAACUCCAUCACCCCAAACUCUGGCUUUCAGCCCGGCAUGGGGACCCCCGAAAUGGGCCCCCGCAUGGGCCCCUACGAGCCCAACAAGGACCCCUUCACCGCCAUGAGGAAGGUAGGGGAGCAGUUCAUGCCCGCAGUACAGGGCUCCAGCAGCAGUAUGGGGGAGCAGUACAGCCGUGGGCCGCCGGGGACCAUGGGAAACAUGCCCAUGGGCCAGAGGCAGCAGUACCCAUACAGUCCCGGGUACGACCGGAGGCCGGAGGCGGGGCUAGGACCAGAGGGCAGCAUGGGGACGACGGCACCACAGCCAAACCUGAUGCCUCCCAACGCCGACGCCGGGAUGUGCUCGCCCAACCGCUACCCUCCGCAACAGCAGCGGCAUGAUUCCUAUGGUAAUCAGUACCCUGGCCAAGGAGCGCCCCCUGCUGGCCCGUACCCCAACCAGCAGCCAGGAAUGUAUCCACAGCAGCAAUCGAGCUACAAGCGGCCGGUGGAGGGGGGGUACGGGCCCCCAGCGAAGCGGCACGAGGGGGAGAUGUUCAGCGGGGCGUUCAGCGGGCCCCCCCAGCAGCAGCAGGCAUCCGGGGUGCCCCCCCCUCAGCAGGACAUGUACAGCCAGUAUGGCGGGGCCUACCCAGGCCCAGGCCGGGCCCCAGGACCACAGAGCCAAUUCCCCUUCCCCUUCGGCCGGGAGCGGGGCCCCAGCACUGCGGGGCCCAACGCCCAGCCCCCCCUGGGCCCCAUGAUGGGCAGCCCCAUGCAGCCGGCCCCCGAGGGGCCCCAGGGCUCUGUGUGGCAGGGCCGCAGCGAGAUGAGCUACUCGGGCUUCCCCGGCCGCCCGGGCGCGGCUGGCCCUGGGGGCCCCGCCCAGGGCCCCGCCUUCCAUGGCAUGAGCCGCUCCGACGACAUGAUGGCGGGAGACCAGCGCAUGAAUCACCAGGAGUGGCCCGGUCAUGUGACCCAGCGCCAGCCCCCCUAUGGGCCGGCCGGCUCGCCCAUGCCCCGCCCCAUGCCGUCCAUGCAGAACCACAUUCCGCAGGUGUCCAGCCCCGCCCCCAUGCCCCGCCCCAUGGAGAGCCGCCCCUCCCCCAUGCACAGCGGGAUCAAGAUGCAGAAGGCGGGGCCUCCCGUUCCCGCCUCCCACAUCGGCCACUCCUCCUCGCAGCCGCCACUCAUCCGCAUCAGCUUCCCGCCGGGGUCCGUGGAGGCCACGCCCCCCGUGCUCAAACCGCGACGACGCCUCAACACAAAAGACAUCGGGACGCCGGAGGCGUGGCGGGUGAUGAUGUCACUGAAGUCGGGUUUGCUGGCGGAGAGCACCUGGGCGCUGGACACCAUCAACAUCCUGCUGUACGACGACAGCAGCAUCUCCACCUUCAGCCUGUGCCAGUUGCCGGGCUUCCUGGAGUUGAUCGUGGAGCACUUCCGCCGCUGUCUGAUAGAGAUCUUCGGGAUUCUGCGGGAGUACGAGGUUGGGGACCCUGGGCAGCGCACCCUGCUGGACCCCCACGCCCUGGACCGCCAACGCGCCGAGCCCGACGGGGCGGAGCCUGACGGGGCGGAGCCCGACGAGCUGGAGGAAGAGGAGGGCGAUGUGGACGAGGAGGAGGAGGAUGAUGAAGAGGACGAAGAGGAGCCGUCCACGUCUGCACAGGAGGAGCAGCCGGGCAAGAAGCCUGGUGAGGGGGAGGAGCCUGAGAGCAGGCAGGGCCAAUCGCCUGUCCCGGACGGCCAGGGCUCCGCCCCCAGUGCAGAGGCAUCGCCCCCCAAGGAGAAGCCCAAGCAGGCCAGCAAGUUCGACAGGCUGCCCAUCAAGGUGGUGCGCAGGAGGGACCCGUUUGGGGCGAGCCGGGGGGGCCGGGGGGGCCGCGGUCGUGUGCAGGAGUUCGACAGCGGCCUCGUCCACUGGAGCGUGGGGGGCGGAGACACCACCCAGCACAUCCAGACGCACUUCGAGAGCCGUGCCCUCCCGCUGCAGUCGCCAAACUUCCCGGCCCCGCCCCCCGCCCCGCCCCCGCCUACCGAGCCACGUGGCCAGGGAGAGGGGGCGGAGCCAGCCGCCGCGGAGACGGAGACAGGCGCCAGCAUCACAGCCACCAUGGACGACGUUCUGUCGGCGCGCCACAGUUCCACCCCGGAGCAGGAGGGGGCGCCAGAGGGCGGGCGGGACGGCGGCCCCUCCUUCCCCUUCGUCUGCGGCCCGGCCCAGCAGGGCCGGCGGACCCUGACCAUCCUGGAGGACGAGCCGCACAGUAAAGACGAGGCUCCGCUGGGCACGCUGGCGCCCUGGCAGGAUGCCCUCACCCGCCGCUGCGUCUGCGUCUCCAACAUCCUGCGCAGCCUCUCCUUCGUCCCCGGAAACGACCUGGAGAUGUCCAAGCACCCCGGCCUGCUGCUGCUGCUGGGCCGGCUGGUCCUGCUGCACCACCGCCACCCCCAGCGCAAGCAGGCCCCGCUCACCUACGAGAAGGAGAAGGAGGAGGAGGGCGGGGCGGGGGGCGGGGCGGGCGAGUGGUGGUGGGACUGCCUGGAGCUGCUGCGGGAGAACUGCCUGGUGACGCUGGCCAACAUGUCGGGCCAGCUGGACCUGUCCGCGUACACGGAGAGCAUCUGCCUCCCCCUGCUGGACGGGCUGCUGCACUGGGCCGUCUGCCCCUCGGCCGAGGCCCAGGACCCCUUCCCCACGCUGGGGCCCAGCGCUGCCCUGUCCCCCCAGAGGCUGGUCCUGGAGGCCCUGAGCAAGCUGAGCGUGCAGGACAGCAACGUGGACCUGAUCCUGGCCACGCCCCCCUUCAGCCGGCUGGAGAAGCUGUUCGGCACGCUGGUGCGGCUGGUGGGCGAGCGGAAGGUUCCGGUGUGCCGCGAGAUGGCCGUGGUGCUGCUGGCCAACUUAGCGCAGGGCGACAGCCUGGCGGCGCGCGCCAUCGCCGUGCAGCGGGGCAGCGUGGGAAACCUGCUGGGCUUCCUGGAGGACAGUCUGGCGGCGGCGCAGUUUCAGCAGAGCCCGAGCUCGCUGCUGCACCUGCAGGGGGCGCCGCUGGAGCCCACCAGCGCGGACAUGAUGCGGCGGGCGGCCCGCGCCCUCCACGCCCUGGCCAAGCUCCCGGAGAACCGCGGCGAGUUCACGCUCUACGAGUCCCGCCUCCUCGACAUCUCCGUGUCCCCGCUCAUGAACUCGCUGGUGUCCCACGUGAUCUGUGACGUACUCUUUCUGAUUGGCCAGUCAUGACGGCCGUGGCUCCGCCCCCCUCCCCUCUGUGUGAGUGUGUGAGCAAGCGAGUGUGUGUGUGUGUGUGUGUGCGCGUGUGCUGAUGACGGAGAGCGAAACUGAUUCGUUUUUUUUAUUUUUAUUUAUGCAAAAAACACCUCGGAUUCCACUGUCUGAUACCCCCCCUUAACCCCCCUCCACCCAGCUGUGCCCGAAACGGACGGGCAUCAUGAAGUAGCUGGAUUUUUAAGCAGAUAAUUGUACAAACGUUGUAAUCAUUGCAGACGAUCAGACCUAGAAUCCUGGCUUAGGGACCGCGUGCCACCCAAAACCAAGGCCUUUUUUUACGAAAAAUAAAAUGGAAAAAUUAAAAAAAUUUUAAAAAGAAAGAAAAACAAAAAAAACAGAACUGUAACCAAAGUUGCUGUCCCGUUUACAGUGAGUUUGGGGGACCCCGGGGGACUGCGAGGAGCUGAUUUGUGGGUGGUGUUUGGGCGGAGCACUGCUGGACUCGGAUGUACACGGCCCUACAGGAACCACACUAUCAGCUGUGAACACGCGUUUUAAACCAGAGGCCUGUGCAGUAGAUUGUAGGACUUUUCUGUACUGUACACCUUGCGAAUAUGACUGUAAACAUACUGUAACGAUGCUCUUUCACACUGAAGUGCUGGCUCUGCCACACAACCGUAGUUUUUAAAAAAGAAAAAAAAGAAACUGUUUUUAGUUAACGUUGGAGAGAGAGAAAAAAGUCCCCCAAAGUUUGGUGAAAUACUCACAACGCCCCGACCUCUUCUCUCACCCUCCAGUGUGUAAAUCAGCCAUUACAGGAGUCCCCUGAGGACUAAUGUCCAGUGUCACGGGUGGUGUAUAUAUGACGUUGUACAUUAAUGACAUUCUCUCUGUCUCUCUUUCUUUCCCUCACCCUCUGAAGCUCUUCACCUUUUUAUAACUUUGAGGAAUAAAAGGGUUUGGGUUACCCAAGCGCCAGUCUCCCUUCAUCCAAUCCCAUCAUGCAUCACACUGAUUUAGCCCCGCCCUUUGGCACACGGCCGCUCUGAUUCUCCUCAGCCAUUGGCUGUGGUCCUUGUGGCAGUUGCCGGACAGACCCCCGCCCCCCGACCCCUGACCCCUGAGCUCACGCUGAGGCCGCGUUCACACCCCCCCUCCGAUGAUGAAACACAAAUCUGAGAUUUUUUUUCCAGUGACAUGAAUUCUACAUAUUUGUAUUUCAGACAAUGUAGCUAAAAACUUGAUGUAAAUUCCUUCUUUUUUCCUUUUUGGCUUAAUGAAUAUCAUUUAUUCAGUAUGAAAUCUUUAUACUAUAUGUUCCACGUGUUAAGAAUAAAUGUACAUUAAAUCUU